AUGAGCAGCAGCAUUACCAAAGUUGCCAUCGCCGGGGCUACCGGUAACUUGGGCCCAUCAGUGUUGAAGCAACUUCUUGAAGACGGUUUCAAAGUCACCGUUCUCACCCGCAAGGGGGCCACCCACACCUUCCCGCCCUCAGUAACUACUGCUGAAAUUGAUUAUAACUCCCCGGAGUCGCUCGAGAAGGCACUGAGUGGCCAGGAUGCUGUCGUUUCGACCGUUGGCUUCGGGGGAUUAUCAUACCAACCCUCUCUAGUUCAGGCUGCGGUCAAGGUUGGCGUCAAACGCUUUAUCCCUUCGGAAUUCGGCGGAGACGCGGAGAAUGAGAAGACUGCCAGCUUACCCCCCUUACAUGCGAAGAAAGCUGUUACCGACCUCCUUAAGAAGGAGGCAGCGGCUGGUUCCAUAACAUACACGUCGAUAUCUACCGGGCCUUUCUUGGAUAUGGCGGUCCAGUACGGCAUCGCCAUUAACGUCAAGGGCAGGAAAAUCACCCUUUGGGACGGCGGAGAUAGGCCUAUCAGCAUGACCACUAUCGCAUAUAUCGCCAAGGCCGUGUCAGAGGUACUCAAGCAUCCCGAGGAGACCAAGAACCGCAAUGUGCACGUACACAAUGUAAACCUCACCUUGAAAGAGCUCCUUGAACAAGCUAAGAAAGUGGUUGGGCCGGAGGGCUGGACGUCUGAAGUAAAGUCCACCGAAGAAAACCUCAAACACGCCUACGCGGAGUUGGAGAAGGGUGGAAAUGCUACGAUGCAAUUUCUAGUCACAGCGAUCUUUGGAGAAGGAUACGGUUCAGACUUCAAGAACGUCGACAACAAAUUGCUCGGAAUUAAAGAAUUUACCGGUGAAGAGCUCCAGGACCACAUCAAGCGCUUCGCUAAUUAG